AUGCGGAGCAAUAAGCCUACGCCAGGAGAGAUCCUCAUCAUUGGCGGUGGUGUGUUCGGCAUCAGUACCGCCGUUGCUCUCCUAGAACGUCCACGAUUCUCCAACACCAGGAUCACCAUUGUUGAUGCCUCGUCUGAGCUUCCCAACCAGUCAGCAGCAUCAUGGGAUACAAGUCGCAUGUUAAGAGCGGAUUAUGCCGAGAAGGCGUACACGAAACUCGUGUCCGAAGCGCGUCAACAGUGGACCAUUCUCGACAGCAAUGCCUGGGGUGGCGAGAGUCGUUACUGUGAAGCACCAUUACUGUUGACGGCCCAGCCUGGUGUUCUUGGCCACGUUGAUGGCUAUCUCGAAGAGAGUCUGACGAAUCUGAAGAAGCUCGCAGAGACUCGCGAGUUCGCUUUCACGCCGGAGGACAUCGAAGAACUCGGAGACAAAGACGCACUCAAAAGAGCAUCAGGACCGAUCCCAGGGGCGAGUGGGAACUCUGGUUACAUUAACCGGAACUGCGGCUGGGUGGACGCUCGCAAGUGCCUGCACUUCCUGUAUCAAAAAUUGAAACAAGCAGCCAAAGGCAGGUGCGAAAUUCAUCGCAGUACAACGGUCCGCAAACUUCUCUAUGACGGACUUGCUGGGUUUACAAUCAAUCAGGCUCGAUGUAUUGGGGCGGAGCUGAUGAAUGGGUCUCAUAUUCAGGCCGACCUGACGAUUCUUGCCGCGGGUGCGUGGAGCCCGUCGCUGGUUGACAUGGGGCCACGCGCUGUUGCCACCGGUCAGACGCUUGGUUAUCUGGCAUUGACCGAGGAGGAACAAUCAAGUGUAAACAACAUGCCCAUAUACUUCAACAUGAGCACGGGCAUGUUCAUGUUCCCCGCGCACACCCGCGAGCUCAAACUAGGCCGUCAUGGAUUUGGGUACCAGAAUCCUACUCCGGUAAUCCUCGAGGGGAAGCGCAAGCUUGUCAGUACUCCAAUAUCUCACCUGCCUGUCCCGACGGAGGCAGAGGACGCCCUCAAAGAGUUCUUGGUCGAGUUGUUCCCUCACUGGAGACAUAAAGAGUUUUCGAAGACGAAACUCUGUUGGUACUGUGACACACCGAGCGGAGACUUCCUAAUUGACUACCACCCUGAGUACGAAGGCCUGUUUCUCGCCACUGGCGAUAGCGGUCAUGGUGUCAAGGUCCUGCCUGUGAUCGGACAGAAGAUCGCGGAUUCUAUCGAGGGAAAGCUGGACCACACUCUGCAGGAGUUAUGGCGUUGGAAAGAGGACAUUCCAUCAGUGUUCCAGGGGACUAGUGAUGGGACACGCGGUGGUAGGCGCGGUAUGGUGUUUCAAGAAGAAUGGCAGCGAGUACGUGAUCCGACGGGAGUAGCAAGAGAACGCCUGUGA